AUGUCAAUCAACGCCUACAUAAAUAAAAAAGUUUUAAUCCUCACUGUCGACGGACGGACUCUCCUCGGAACACUUCUCUCGACAGACCAGCUCACAAACCUAGUUCUCCUGGACACAAUAGAGCGAAUCAUCCGAACGCCCGACGACCCCGAACCAAGCUCACAGAUUGAACACGGUCUUUACUUAAUCCGAGGCGAUAAUGUAGUGGUGUGCGGAGAAGUAGACGAGACAAUUGACCGCGACAUUGACUGGGCCAAGGUAAAGGGAGAAGUGGUGCGCGGGACGAAAAAUGCAUGA